CAUUUCCUAAAACAAGCAGCUUCAAAGCUUUACACUUGCCACCCCAAAAACUACAUGAUUUUACUCCAAAACACCCACAUUAUACAUCACACACUUCCAAAAGAUAGAGAGAGAGUGAAGGCAUGGGAAGCAGUAGCAGGAACUCCCAUGGAGACGUAGUGAAUCCAUUGCUGAAAGGAUUCCUCACAGGGCAGUUUCAUGGUUUGUUCCAUCACUACAAUCGGUUGAUGCUGGAUGACCUUGCUCGAUUGCGCAACCCAGGUUCAAAAAUGAAGUUCAACAAUACAAAUAAACAGAAUUUGAAAUUAAAUAUACUUAAUGGAUGUAUCCGCCCAACGGCAUCACUCGGAAUAUUUGAGAUUUUGAGGAAGAGGCUUAGAAACAGUAACGAGGGAAGGCCACUGAGUGUGUACCAAGAGGGUUGCUGUGGAUUCAUGGCUGCCUGUGCUACAGUCUUCGCUUGGAAACCUUUUGAUUUAGCAUAUCGCCGAGUUGGGAUACAGAGUUUGAGUUACACAAAUUGGUUCAGCAGCCUCACUCACAUUGCUAAAAAUCAAAGUGUCUUAAGUAUGUACAAAUCUUCAAGGGGAAGUAUGAAUAGUGACAUAGCUUUAUACACAGGGAUGCUAGCAUCUUAUGAUCGAACUCUGCAUUAUCUCACUCACACUCAGGCUCUCCCAUAUUGGGCUGCUCAAACAAGUGCGAGUAUCAUAUCUGGAUUCUUUGCUGCUGCUUGCUCUCAUCCAGUUAUAUAUAUGGAUGCUAUCAUAGACACUCGUUUGCAGAUGAGAUAUAUUCCUGCUACUAUCUGCGCAAUUCUCAAUCCUUUCGGCAACUUCAACUUCUACACUCGUUUACUCUCAAGAUUCCAAUAUUCUGCUCGUUUCUGUGUGGUACAGUAUGCCAUCUUUGAAGGUGUGCGCAGAGUGGAGUGGAUCAAAUAGGACAAAAUACUGCAAAAAUAUUGUCUUCAUAUUUGAGACUCAAUGUAGGAACCCACAAAACACUCGCAACUUGAUUUGCUGUUAGAUUUCUUUAUUAGCUGUGUGCUCAAAAAUAUUAUGGCUGUUGUUGUUAGAGUAUAGGAUAUACUCAAUUAUAUUGUCAUUAGGUAGACAUUCCACAAGUAUUAGCAGAUGUCUGGAACAACGAGAAGUAUAUCAAAGUGCGGAUUUUUAGCAGCUAGUUUGAAGGUUAUUUCUAUGCGAUUAUUAUGUAUA